AUGUCAAAAGUAGGCGACCUUGUUCACUCUUCUUCCCUCGACGCCAUUGUAGGCAUUGGCCUGUCGGAGCGCCGCGGUCUUCUUGAUCAGGGGCAUUAUGGCCAACGGGUCGGCCUGCGCGAGUGCCUCUACCCGACCGCUCGCAAGCAAUCCCUCCAUGUCCGGAGCUACGACUACUACAAGCUCCUAGAUAGGCUCUCCAACCUCAUUCGCUUUUACAGACAAAUGGCCCACUCGAGCGUUGGGUGGGAUGCCAUCGUCCUUUGCCGCGCCAACAAACGGCUGGAGCAGUACAUGCCGGAACGAUUCGUGGGCGAGCAGGGCAAGAGACUGCAGUCGUCGUCUUAUCGCCUUCUCGGCCGGAGCAAGGGCCGCAUCCGGCGCAACAUUUCGCCCCUGGAGCAGGCGGUGCUGCUGGCUUCGCUGGUGCGCAGAGACGAGUUUGUCCUGCUCGAGGGCUUCGAGAUUCAGAGGUUCGAGACGAUGAUCCACAUCCUGAGGGAGAUGCCACUCAAGGCUUGGAGGAGGACAGGCUCAUUUUCUGGAGGGUCGGAUCGAUAG